GCAGCCAUUGCGGGCAGGCCCCGCGCUGCGGCCCGGUCCGUCCGCCCCGGCGGCCCCGGGGACAUGGUGCCGGGAUGGCCCGGCCCGCCGAGACCUUCCCGCUGCACCGGCUCGUCUGGCACAACCGGCACCAGGCGCUGGACAGCGCCCUGCGCGCGGGGACGCACGACGUGGAGCUGACAGACCCGCGUGGCCGGACGCCCCUGGAGCUGGCCGUGUCCCUGGGCCACCUGGAGUCGGUGCGGGUGCUGCUGCGGCACAACGCCAACGUGGGCCGGGAGAACGCCAAUGGAUGGACGGUGCUGCAGGAGGCGGUGAGCACGGGGGACCCCGAGAUGGUGCAGCUGGUGCUCCAGUACCGUGACUACCAGCGGGCGACGCGGCGCCUCGCCGGCAUCCCCGAGCUGCUCAGCAAACUGCGGCGGGCAUCCGACUUCUACGUGGAGAUGAAGUGGGAAUUCACGAGCUGGGUGCCCCUGGUGUCCAAGGUGUGUCCCAGCGACGUGUACCGCGUGUGGAAGCGCGGCGAGAGCCUGCGGGUGGACACCACCCUGCUGGGCUUCGAGCACAUGACGUGGCAGCGCGGCCGCCGCAGCUACAUCUUCAAGGGGGAAGACGAGGGGGCCGUGGUGAUGGAGGUGGACCACGACAAGCAGGUGGUGUACACCGAGACGCUGGCGCUGGCCCUGCACGAGCCCGAGCUGCUGCUGGCGGCCAUGCAGCCCAGCGAGGAGCACGUGGCUGGCCGGCUCACCUCGCCCAUCGUGUCCACACACCUGGACACCCGGAACAUCGCCUUCGAGAGGAACAAGUCUGGGAUCUGGGGCUGGCGCUCGGAGAAGAUGGAGGUGGUCAGCGGCUACGAGGCCAAGGUGUACAGUGCCAGCAACGUGGAGCUGGUCACCAAAACCAGGACGGAGCAUCUCUCCGACCAGGACAAGUCACGCAGCAAAGGCUCCAAGACCCCCUUCCACUCCUUCCUGGGCAUCGCGCAGCAGCACGGCACCCACAACGGGGCACCCGUCCUGCAGGCUGCCAGCCCCACCAACCCCACAGCCAUCACCCCCGAGGAGUACUUCGACCCCCACUUUGACCUGGAGACCCGCAACAUCGGGCGCCCCAUCGAGAUGUCCAGCAAGGUGCAGAGGUUCAAGGCGACGCUGUGGCUGUGCGAGCAGCACCCGCUGUCGCUGGCGGAGCAGGUGACGCCCAUCAUCGACCUCAUGGCCAUCUCCAACGCCCACUUCGCCAAACUGCGCGACUUCAUCACCCUCAAGCUGCCCCCUGGCUUCCCCGUCAAGAUCGAGAUCCCCCUGUUCCAUGUGCUCAACGCCCGCAUCACCUUCAGCAACCUGUGUGGGUGUGACCAGCCCCUGGGCUCCGUGCGGAUCUGCGCCCCCCAGGAGCCCCCCGGCGCCCACACCCCCGGCACCCAGCCCUCAGGGCCCAGAGCGUGGCCGUUCCCGUGCGAGGUGGAGGCGGGCGUGUUCGAGGUGCCGGCGGGGUACACGGUGCUGGGCGCGGGGCGCAGCGAGCCCCUGCGCGACGAGGACGACGACCUGCUGCAGUUCGCCAUCCAGCAGAGCCUGCUGGACGCCGGCACCGAGACCGACCAGGUGCGGCCACGCCCCCUUCCUUCCCUGCACACGCCCCACACGCACCUGGGCACGCCCCUAACACGUGGCCACACCCCACAGGUGACCAUCUGGGAGGCGCUGACCAACACCCGCCCCGGCGCCGAGCCGCCGCCCUACGAUGAGGACCUGCAGCUGGAAAGGGCGCUGCAGGAGAGCAUGCUGCUGCAGGCCGGGCCCAGCGCUGAGCCCCCGGCCGCCGGGGGCCCCCCGGGAGCGGGCGGCGGGAGCCCCCCGGGCCCCCCCGGGUACGGCAGCUUCGCGGAGCAGCUGCGCCUGGCCAUGGCGCUGUCGGAGCGGGAGCAGGAGGAGCGGGAGCGGCGGCGGCGCGAGGAGGACGAGGAGCUGCAGCGCAUCCUGCGCCUCUCCCUCACCGAGAAGUAGCGCCCGCCCCGGGGCGCUCCGCGCCGGCACAGGGACGUCCCACGCAGGGACCGGGGUGUCCCAUGUGGGGUCAGCCCACGCACGGACGCAGAUGUCCCACGUGGGGACACCCCUUGCAGGGAUAGGGACACCCCAGCCAGGGGACACCCCGGUGCGGGCGCUGUCCCACACCAGGAUGGCCCGGGGCGGGCACAGCCCUACCUGGGGAGCAGCCGGUGCCGGGAUGGCACCCCCGCGAUGGGGACCCCCCUGAUGUGGGUACAGCCCCCCACAGGGGAUUUGAUCCAGGGAUUCUCCUACCCCCGGGACCCCCAGCCCAGGGCUCUUCUCCCACCGGGCUCAAACCUCAGCCCAGGGACCCUCACCUGGGGACACCCCUGUGCCCAGGACCCUCCCUAGGGAACCCCCUCCUCUUUGGUGUUGUACUGUGACCCAUGGGGGGCAGCACGGACCCGGGGGUCCCCGUGGGAUGCAGGUGACCCCUAUUUUAAGGCACUGCAGUGUGGGGCGGGACUGCUGGGGGACCCCAGGCCUCGUCCUUUGGGGCAGUGGGGGGGCAGGGGGGCCCCGAAUGUCUGUACAUAUACAUAUACAUAUAUUAUAUAUAUAUAUCUA